UUUUACAUGCUCUCUUUGAACCAACCAUCUGCACUGCAGACCCCUUGCCUCGCUUGCUUCAAGUAGCCAUGUUUGUCGUUCUUAUUUUGCUUUUCUCUUUUGGAUUUUUCAUUCUCUCUUUCUUCUCACCGUUCAUUGACCUAGAAUUGUUGUUCUCUUCUGUAAUUAACAAAGUGACAUCUUCCGGUUAUGGACCUCCUUCUCACCCGUUUAUCGGCUGCUUAAUUUCUUUCUAUAAAAAUCGCCACCGUCUUCUCAAUUGGUACACUGAUCUUUUAUCGAAUUCUCCCAGCCAGACCAUCGUGGUCCACCGGCUGGGUGCACAUCGCACCAUUGUCACGGCGAACCCGUCCAACGUUGAGUAUAUGCUCAAAACUAAUUUCAACAAUUUCCCAAAAGGAAAACCCUUCUCUGAGCUUCUUGGUGACCUUCUCGGUUACGGUAUAUUCAACGUUGAUGGUGAGUUAUGGAGCUUGCAACGCAAGCUAGCUAGCCAUGAGUUCAGGACCAGGUCGUUGAGAGAAUUCAUUGUUAAAACUCUUCAAGAAGAAGUGGAGAAUCGUCUGAUACCGCUGCUUGAAGAUGCAGCAAAGAACGAAAAAGUUUUAGACUUUCAAGAUAUAUUGAAGAGGUUUGCUUUUGACAUUGUGGGGAGGGUUUCUUUGGGCACUGAUCCGUUUUGUUUGGAUCUUUCAAAGCCAUUGCCAACUCUUGUUGAAGCUUUUGAUAUAGCGUCAGAGGUGUGUUCCAUGAGAGGAAAUUCGCCGGUUUUUCUGAUUUGGAAACUAAAGCGAGUCUUAAAUAUCGGUUCUGAGAAGAAGCUCAAAGAAGCUGUGCAGCUCGUUCACGACUCGGUUUUGGAAAUCAUUCAAAACAAGAAGAAUGCUCUUGAAAACGACUUCGAAAGAAAAUGGGACGAAGAUCUUCUGUCAAGAAUGCUGUCAUCUGGACUUAGCGAUGAAGUAACAAGAGACAUGGUGAUCAGCUUCAUAAUAGCAGGAAGAGACACCACAUCCGCUGCAAUGACGUGGCUUUUCUGGUUGCUUUCUGCGAAUAAAUCCAUUGAAAAGAUGAUUAUACAUGAAGUAGGAUCAAUACUCAACAAAGGAGAAAGGAGGCCAUUGGAUUAUGAAGCUUUAAAAGAAAUGAAUUUCUUGAAAGCAUGUUUAUGCGAAUCCAUGCGGCUAUAUCCUCCGGUUGCAUGGGACUCCAAAUACGCCGCCGCCGACGACGUUUUACCCGACGGCACGCUGGUACGGAGAGGAGAUAGAGUUACUUACAUUCCAUACGGAAUGGGAAGGAUGGAGGAAUUGUGGGGGAAGGACUGCUUGGAGUUCAAACCAGACCGGUGGUUUGACGAACAGGCUUCAGAAAACACAGUGUUGAAGUGUGUUAGCCCAUACAAGUUUCCGGUUUUUCAGGCCGGUCCAAGGGUGUGUCUAGGGAAGGAAAUGGCUUUUAUUCAGAUGAAGUAUGUGGUGGGUACAAUACUGAAGGAGUUUGAGAUUGAACCGGUUAGUGAGAAGCGGCCGGUUUUUGUUCCCCACUUGACGGCUAAUAUGGCCGGAGGGUUGAAGGCUUUAGUCCGCAAACGUGGAGCCAAUUCAGUGAGUCCAUGAUUGGAUUUGCCAUUGAAAUUGGAAUUAUAUUUUAUUGGUAAAAUUGUGGACUUUAACUUUCCAUGUAAAUAUAGAAUAAAGCAUAGUGUGAAAACAAAUCUUAAUAAUUUAUUGUUUUAUUUAAUAAUAUAUCGUUUUAUUUAA